UUCUGAUCAUGACACAACUUUCAGAACCCAAGUACUUCCCCUCUGAAGCUGAAAGUACCAGCAACUCUUCUUCCUGUUCACCUCCUUCACCAUCUUCAUCCGGGUUCUCUUCACAAUCCCACCAAACUUCCCCCUCUCACUUGUCCACUCACUCCGAACCCGGUAAACGACCAGCUAAAAGACCAAGAUCAGCGGCAAGUGACACCACACCUGCCUCAGGGAGCAAACACCCGGUUUACAGAGGAGUAAGAAUGCGGAGUUGGGGCAAAUGGGUAUCCGAAAUUCGUGAACCGAGAAAAAAAUCUCGCAUUUGGCUUGGAACUUUCGCCACUCCAGAAAUGGCAGCCAGAGCUCAUGAUGUUGCAGCUUUAAGCAUUAAAGGCGACUCCGCCGUGCUGAAUUUUCCUGAACUUGCAGAGCUUUUACCUCGCCCAUUGUCGCUUCUGCCACGCGAUAUUCAAUCUGCAGCCACUAAAGCUGCUUCAAUGAUAAAGUUUGAUUCUUCAUCAUCACAGUCACAAUCACCGUCACAACCACCGUCGUCAUCAGCUGACGUGUCAGCGGAAUCAGAGGAGCUGGGGGAGAUUGUGGAGCUACCAAACAUAGAAGGGAGUGGCUUUGAAGUGAUCUCAAUUGACUUGUUUGACGGGUGGGUGUAUCCUCCAGAAGAAUUUUCCAGCGAAUUUUCAGAGCAAAUAUUCGGAGCAGAGUGCCUGAUUCCAAGCAACUUUGAAGCUUGUUCUUCAGUUUGGGACUAAUUUAAUUCUGCAAAAUUGGUGUUUAGCAGCUAUAAUUAAUUUAGUUUGUUUAUAAUUUUCUACUUUAAUUAAUUGCUGACCGCCGGACUUCAAUUAUUGUAUCAUAACACAAAAUUUUAUGCAAAUAUACA